AUGGCGGCCGGGCGGGAGCGGGCCGCUCGCCUCCUGCGGCAGCUGCAACGGGCCGCAUGUCGGUGCCCGAGCCAUUGCCACACUUAUUCCCAAGUCCCUGAACGGCCUACCCUGGGAAAUACAGACUAUGCAUUUGAGAUGGCCGUUUCGAACAUCCGAUAUGGAGAAGGAGUUACUAAAGAGAUUGGCAUGGACCUGCAGAAUCUUGGUGCUAGAAGAGUUUGUUUGAUGACAGAUAAAAACCUCUCCCAACUCCCUCCUGUAAAUGCAGUAUUGAAUUCCUUGGCAAAAUACAGUAUAAACUUUCAGAUGUAUGAUAAUGUUCGGGUGGAACCAACAGACCAAAGUUUCCUGGACGCCAUUAAAUUUGCUAAAAAGGGAGAGUUUGAUGCCUAUGUUGCUGUUGGAGGUGGGUCUGUAAUAGACACCUGUAAAGCUGCCAACCUGUAUGCGUCCAGCCCCACAUCAGAGUUUUUGGAUUACGUCAAUGCUCCUAUUGGGAAAGGAAAGCCUGUCACUGUGCCCCUCAAGCCACUCAUUGCAGUUCCUACAACAGCUGGAACUGGAAGUGAAACCACUGGUGUUGCCAUUUUUGACUUCAAAGAACUAAAAGUAAAAACUGGUAUUGCUUCAAGAGCCAUUAAGCCAACAUUAGGCGUCAUUGAUCCUUUACACACACUGUCUAUGCCUGAGCGAAUAGUGGCCAACAGUGGCUUUGAUGUGCUUUGCCAUGCUCUAGAAUCGUACACCGCUCUUCCUUACAACAUGCGCAGACCCUGCCCUUCAAAUCCAAUCAACCGACCAGCUUACCAAGGAAGCAACCCCAUCAGUGAUGUCUGGGCUCUUCAUGCUCUGCGCAUUGUGGCUAAAUAUUUGAAAAGAGCCAUCAGAAACCCUGAAGACCGUGAAGCAAGAGCCAGCAUGCACCUAGCAAGUGCUUUUGCUGGUAUUGGCUUUGGCAAUGCUGGUGUUCAUCUCUGCCAUGGAAUGUCUUACCCUAUUUCUGGUUUGGUGAAAACUUACAAACCGAAGGAUUAUAAUGUGGAUCACUCCUUAGUGCCACAUGGCCUUUCUGUGGUGCUGACAUCCCCAGCAGUGUUUGCUUUCACAGCACAGGUACAUCCUGAGCGGCACUUGGAAGCUGCAGAGAUACUAGGAGCUGACAUCCGCACUGCCAGAAUCAAAGAUGCGGGGUUUAUUUUGGCAGACACACUCCGGAAAUUCCUAUUUGAUCUGAAUGUUGAUGAUGGCUUAGCUGCAAUUGGUUAUUCUAAAGCAGACAUCCCUGCAUUAGUCAAAGGCACUCUGCCUCAGGAGAGAGUGACUAAACUAUCACCACGUCCCCAAACAGAAGAAGACUUAUCUGCCCUCUUUGAGGCUUCAAUGAAGCUUUAUUAGCUUAAACAUUUUGUUGCAAGAAGUGUGCUCUAUUCUAACACAAAGAUCUAUAUGAAGCAUUGACAGGAGAAGUAAAACCAGAGUAAAGCAUGGUCACACGCUCAACAGGAACCGUGUAACAGCAAGACAUUAUCAUUGUCAUUUUGUCUCUGUGGAGGCAACAGCUCCCUCUUCCUGCUGCGUUCUGUGGAAAGAAGCUAUCAACUGUAUCUUGCUUCUCUGUGAAGAAAUGGCUUCUGCUGAGCUCCUGCAGGCACUGUCACUCAGAGCACAGCCACCAGCUUAAGGAAGUGGCAGUGUGCUGUGGUUCAAUAUUAAAAAGUGGUGGUGUAGCAUAUGGCUGCAGAGUGCCCCACUGGGAGCGCUGGUUAAACGUGGGAAUGAGUGUGCACGUUCAGAGCAGUUAACCAGCUGGUUGUCUGUCAACUGAGAAGGGGAAGUGGGAAAGGGAGAAAUGAAACUAAAAUUUUAAUACUAUUUUUCUUUUUUUAAAAAGUGCACAUGGUUGUGUGUACAGUUCAUUUAAAUGAGAUUUUGCUCCAUGUUGGACCCUUUCGGUGUCUGAUUCAUGCAUCUACCACAGCACAAGACAAAUGUGAGAACAGCCCCAUAACCUUUGGUGUGCUUAUUUUUUUCUGCUGGGGAGGGAGCACUUUUCAGUCAACCUGCUGAAGUAGAAGGCUCUGUACUUACACCUUUGUAUUCUUGUGUUUGUCUGAUAAAACUAGUGCUGUCCUAGCAUCUGAGGACAGCUGUGUACUGGAUAUUGACAUUGGAUCUGUUUUAAUGCUGUUAAAAUAGAUGGAUGGAUACUUGUUGAAGACUGGAGAUUUUGUUUUUAACCACAGAACUGGUUUAGUGGCCAUAGGGACUGCACUGCCGGUAUGCCUCAGCCUGUGCUGGGACACACAUUUGAUUUCCAUGUCCUUCUGAAUCUUUUCCUCUGCUGAAAUUGCCCAUGAGAACCUCUGUCACGAAGGCUGAUGUUGUAAUAGCAAGGGGCGAGGGAUUCACUUUAUUGUAUUAUGCAAAGCUGCCAUGUUUGGAAAAAAACUUUUUGUCAAGCCCUUUUGUAUAUAACCUUUUGGCCUAUUUCAUCUUUCUACUCCUGUCUGUCUCCAGGCUGUGGUAGCAGUACAGAGUCCUGAAGAAAGAAUCUUUUUUCCAGGAGCCUAAUUCAUGGCAGCCAUGCUGUGUUUGGGGAGAAUAUACUUUCUGGGGAACUGAACAGCACGUAGGUUUCAUCACUGCGGCAGAGCACUUUGAUAGGCAGGAACGUAGGGUAUUCCCUUCCAGCACACUUUUUAUUUGCCGUUCAUGCCAGUAUGGCAGUUACUAGCAGGCUGCUUUUUCAACUGACAAAACCUCGCACUUAACUUCCUAUACCAGGUAACCCAGAGCUCUUGCUAGUUUUUAAAUUAAGCCUCACACAUACACCCAAUAUAGUAGGUUUUAUCCAUAUUUUGUAGAUGAGACAAAGGGUUUGAUACAGUACCUAGCCCAACAUAAGCACAUGCUGCUGUAAGAAGGGCUAUUUCUGUUUCCCACACCCCUUUGGCAGCAUCAGGGACUUUGACUGGCUUAAACUGAUUGUGAAAUCUCAGCUACACAAGUGUUCUCCCACCACCAAUUACUAGUUACUAGUGGAAAUUUUCCGAGGAAGAAUCAAGGGAGCUCAAGUUGCCCCACAGCGCUGUCUUUUAAAUAGUGAUGGUGUGAUAGGGAGUCAUGCCCUGACUCCCAGGCAAUAGUAGUUUUAUUCAUAACUGAAGAGUUACUGGGGUUUUUCAUCUAUUAUCUUACUAAAUUACUCUGUACUGAGACAACAUAGUAUCUUUGUAUCUUUGAACAUGUCUAUUUUGUGCACGUAAGCCUGGCAUUUGUGUGGGGAGCUGGGGUGGCACUGUAAUUGUGAGUGUCUGGCGGGGGUUGGACACGUGUGUGAAAUCUGGGCGGCUUGUUCUUGUGGCUCCUCUUACUGCUCUGUUACUCAAGCCCUCCGUGACGGAGCUGUUAUUGCCUUUAGAUGAUACUGAAAUGCAAAUAGCAAAUAAUAUUGUACUUGCUAUAAACACAAGCUUGUUUGAAAGUGUUUGAGAGCAGCGUUUAUCUCUGUCAUGUUAACUUCAAUCCUAUAAAGCAACUAUGAACCAAAACCAUUCAGAGAAAGUAGGCUUUCACUAGCUUCACAGACCGUAGUAAUUCCUCCCGCAAAGUUGUUUGCCUGGUGAGCUUGGCGCUGCGCAGACAAAGCCGUUGUAUCGUGGGUGACAGCUGAGAGCAAUGGAAGAGGCAUUCCAGAAAUAAAGCAUCCGAAAUGCUGCACGGUAUUUCUGUGAACAUUUAAAACUGUUUCUGCACGCCUCACUCUGCAUAAUCAGUACAUAGUUAUAAGUAUUAUUACGUAUUUCAUGAUAACACUAUCAAUCCUUGUAUGUCAUACUUGUUAGCAGCAGGGCUUGAUUGAGUCCCUCCUCUUCCUUGUGGAGUCAGAGAUUUACCUUCUGCCUUAAACAGCUGUAACUAUGUAAAAGGAUUUGUCAGUCUUUAUAUAAAGAAGAACAAAUGCCCAGUUUAUCUCGACCAUGUUUUUUGAAUAGGUUUUAAGUAAGCAUAAAUGGCAGCUAUUCAGUCGUGACAGAAGAAUGGUUUGAAGAGGCUUUAGGGACUCCUAUUAGAGUAGGAGUUACCACAUUCAUGAUUCUUCCUGUGGAUGUUGACCUGCUACUUCUCUCCCCUAGUUCUGUAUUCUCAGAGUUCUGUGCAGGCAAACAGAAACCAAAUCUUGGCCCAUCUGGUUACUCACUCACUCCAUCUACAGUGAUAAGGUUAGCUUUGGGGAGCAAGCAUGAAGAAGUGCACAUGUAGCACUGGUGAAAAUAGUUUACCCGUGGGUAUAGUUUUACCUGGAGUACAAAAUGAAAAGCCCACUCCCCUCACAAGGUACUGGGAGCUCGCAGGAUUGCUGCUUGGCACCAAUAGAAAUGAGGACAGCUGGUACAAUAGUUUGUCUGGGCCGUCUUUUCCCUUGCCUUUUCCCAUUUCAGUGCUGAUUUUCCCAGCAGCUAAAGCAAAAAGAGAAUGAAGUGAAAAGUAUGUAACCAAUGUGCCUAAAUCUGCAAAAACUCUCACCGUCAUCCUGUGUGAAUAAACUUGGAAGAAACCACUGGUAGGUUG